GCCCAGGUCUCUCCUCGCCUUUGUUCGCGUUGUUGUCGUCCUGCUAUUGUUCUCCCCAUAUAUAAGAGCCAUGUCUCCGCAGACUGAACCCCUUUUAUUUUUUCUCUCUAUACUUCUUGCUACCUUGGGCUCUCUGUCUUCUCAACGGCCAACUUUCUACGUUCUCGCUGCGCUACCUUCCAGACAACACUAACACCUUCGCACUAUUCUCGACCAACUUCCACUCAACACUACUCAAACGUAAUCAGUAUAUGAUGCAUAUAUUUGCUUCUGUAGUACUCUAUUUGGGGCUUCUUCAGACAGUCUUUGCUGCUGACCAUCCCGUUAUCGUCGGUGGAACUCUCAAGUACACCCCGCCCUUCGUUAAUGCUGCAGUAGGUGACACGGUCACCUUUACCUUCAAGCAGAAGAACCAUACCGUCACGCAGUCGACUCUCCAGAAUCCAUGCCAGCCUAUGCAAGACGGAUUUGAUUCAGGAUUCAUUCCUGUAGCUGAUGAUAAUGUGAAUGGGCCAUUCCAAGAUGCUCAGUUCGUCGUCAUGGACACGAACCCUGUAUGGGUGUACUGUCGUCAGGCGAACCAUUGUCAACAGGGGAUGGUCUUCGCUAUCAAUCCUGGUGACAAGUUCGAUGCUUUCCAAGCUGCAGCUACAGGAAAUACCGCCACCAGUUCAUCUGUCUCUUCUUCUGCGGAAGUGACUUCUUCCCCUGCACCUCCUUCCCCUCCUCCCGCUUCAGCCACGUCGCCCUCUAUCUCUACUGUUACAGCGACUGUGACUGUGUCUGGCACCCAACAAGUCACCACCUACGGUUCUUUCCCUGGUUCAGCAGCCCCCACUGCAGUUGUAUCUAGCGAUCACUCAGUGAUUGUUGGCGGUCCUAACAGACUCGUCUUUGAUCCUCCGAAUAUCACCGCUCAAAUUGGAGACACCAUUACGUUCCACUUCCAGCAGAAGAACCAUACAGCCACUCAAAGCACCUUUGCAAAUCCGUGCAAGAGUUUAACGGAGACCAGUAUGAAUGGGCAGACGGGUUUCGACUCCGGAUUUAUGCCUGUGGCUGAUGGAACUACAAAUUUCCCGACCUUUACAAUCAAGAUCAACGACACCGCACCCAUUUGGGCAUUCUGCAAACAAACAGCACCUGUGAACCAUUGUGCGCAAGGCAUGGUCUUUGCGGCGAACGCAAUCGAGUCUGGUCCCAAUAACUUCGAAGCCUUCCAAGCGAAGGCGAAGCAAUCUGCUCCAGGAGAUGCCAAUUCUACCUUGCCCGCGAAUGCUGCUGGAAGAUUGCAGGUCAAUCACAACGCUGGCGUUGUGAUAACAGUGCUUGGUUUGUUCUUGGGUCUGCUCUGAAACCUCAGUUUUGAAAUGACGGACAUUUGUCAUGUUAUUGUAACGAUAUCUCGGAUUGAAUGAUUGGAACUGUAGCAAUUAGUUUAUAGACUGCUUCUUUACACAUAACACCCGUCGUUAGUAGUAUACCCUCUCUCUCUCCUACCAUAGCCGGUCUAUAAUGUGAACCCAAUUCAGCAUACUUAUCGCC